CCGCUUUUGUGCGCCGCCCCAGCCGAGCUCCAGCCGAGCGGUGCCGAGCCGAGCUGAGCUGUUCGGAGCCGCGCCAGCCGCUGGGACCCACGGUGGUGACACCAGCCCCGGGUGGCCGCGUAUGCCCCUCCGCGGGUGACSCCGGAUGUUUGAGAGAGGAGGAUAAGGCACGAGUGUCUGGGACUGCUGGAAUGGAGGCCUGAUGUAGAUGGAAAGAUGGAUGAAGAAGAAGCUCUGAACUCUAUUAUGAAGGAUUUGGCAGCAUUGGGCAAGUGUGGGGGGCUGCUGGACAACAACAGGAAUAAAAACAGUGUCCACUCCAACAAACAGCAGAGGAAUGUCAGGAUCAAGUUUGAAUAUGAAGGAGAGAAAAGGAUUAUCCAGUUUCCAAGGCCAGUCAAGUUCAAAGAAGUGGUGCAGAAGGUCACGGAUGCUUUUGGACAGACGAUGGACUUGGUCUGUGUGAACAAUGAGCUCCUGAUCCCACUGAAAUCCCAGGAAGAUUUGGACAAAGCGAUGGAACAGUUGGAGCUGAGCCCUUCCCUGAAGAGCCUGCGGAUCCUUGUGAGCGCUCCAAAGAAAGCGAAUCUCCUUCAGCCUAACAACAGCAAGCAGCAUGAAAUGAGGAUCUCCAGAUCCAUGGGCGACAUCAUGGGGUCCCUGUACAAAGACUCCGAGAGGACACGCAAGUAUUCAACAGGCUCUCUGCACACUGGCCGGAGCUCCCCACCGCCGGGCAGCGUUCCCGAGGAGCAGCAGCAGAUCGCCCGCCAGGGAUCCUACACCAGCAUCAACAGCGAGGGCGAGUUCAUCCCCGAGACCAUGGACCAGAACAUGCUUGAAGCUUUCAUCAGCCCCGAUGACUCGCUGUCUGGGAGCUGCCAGUCACUGGACAGGUCUGUGGACAGUCCUCCCUUUACCCAAACCCCUGUUCCUGGAAGGAAGAGCCAUCCCAAAGACAGUCUUGAUUGUAUGGAUUUUGACAUCCCAUUCUGUGAGAGGUUUGGGAAAGGGGGCACCUUCCCGAGGCAGUACCAUCUCUCCCAAAGUCGCAAGGACUACAGUGAUGGCCGGAGGACUUUCCCCAGGAGUUACUUCCCACAGGAGAACCUGUUUCAGCUCGUCCCUUCCAGCAGGACCAAGAGCUUCACUGGGGACAGCAAGCUCAGCACCUUGCAGUACGACGAGUACAGACCCAAGUGCUGGAACAAUUGYGAAAAGGGUCUGCAGGUCUUCAGCACCUCCCCUACAAAAGUCAGGAACUCCCUGCAGGCACCUGUGAACUGGAGGCUGGGGAAGCUGCUGGGAAGAGGAGCUUUUGGGGAAGUUUAUCUCUGCUACGAUGCGGACACUGGGCGGGAGCUGUCRGUGAAGCAGGUGCCUUUUGACCCUGACAGCCAGGAGACGAGUAAAGAAGUGAAUGCUUUAGAAUGUGAGAUUCAGCUGUUGAAGACCCUCCGUCACGACAGGAUAGUGCAGUACUACGGGUGCCUGCGGGAUCCUGAGGAGAAGAAGCUGUCUAUCUUUGUGGAAUACAUGCCAGGGGGCUCCAUAAAGGAUCAGCUGAARGCAUACGGUGCUCUGACUGAGAAUGUCACACGGAAGUACACCAGGCAGAUCCUGCAGGGGGUCUUCUACCUACACAGCAAUAUGAUUGUCCACAGGGAUAUUAAAGGUGCCAAUAUUCUGAGAGAUUCUGCUGGAAAUGUGAAACUCGGAGAUUUUGGGGCCAGCAAACGCAUCCAGACCAUCUGCAUGUCUGGGACUGGGAUUAAAUCUGUCACGGGAACACCAUACUGGAUGAGCCCAGAGGUUAUCAGCGGAGAGGGCUAUGGAAGGAAAGCUGAUGUGUGGAGCGUGGCCUGCACCGUGGUGGAGAUGUUAACGGAGAAGCCGCCCUGGGCGGAGUUCGAGGCCAUGGCGGCAAUUUUUAAAAUCGCCACGCAGCCGACCAACCCCCAGCUCCCCGAUGGCGUCUCCAGCUCCUGCCGCAACUUUCUCAAGCAGAUCUUCGUGGAGGAGAAGCGGAGGCCGACGGCCGAGGACYUGCUGAGACACCCCUUUGUCAACUGCGGGCUCUGAGCCCUGGCAGCGGGGAUGGGAAGCGCCGGCGGAGGGUCGGACCUCACGGGGGGCUGUCCUGACAGUCCCUUCUCGCUCGCCGCUGCCUCGGCCCCCGUUGUGGGAUUUUCAAGCUGCGCUCGGGACCGUCGGCRCGGGAAAUUCGGAGCGAGGGAUUUCCCGGCCCGCGCGGGUGCUGGACCACGUAACCUCCCUGCCGCCCACGGUACCGGGGUCAUCCCCCCUCGCCAUGGAAUUGCUCUCUUGGGGGAAGUGUGGCAGAUGGGAAAUGUCCCCCCAGCACGGCRGCGGUGCUGGCAGCAUCCCCAGGACCGGUGGGGGAAGCGGCUGCUCAGUGGCCACCGGCACCUUGCGCGGAGUUUCAGACAGGGGCUUCAGCCAAGCCAGAGGAGAUGAUCCUCAGACCACAGAGUCGGGGGGACCUGGGCGUCCCCGUUCUCAAGGGGACCGAGCCCGCUGGAGCAGCUGGCGUUUCACACUGUCCUGUGCCUUACGCGGUUACAAUCAAGGAGUGAUGCUCGGCUCGGAGUCUGGUGUGAGGGUGCAGCAGCCGUGUUGACUUUGCCGUGGCGCGUGUGUGUGUGCGUGYGUGAGUCUGGGAACAGGGGGGUCUUCUCGGGGUGCAGGAGGUCUGUGCCGGGUGCGCCCGCCGACGGAUGCCCGGGACCCCUGCCACGGGCGAGGGAGGGUUAAAUGAUGAUGGUGGUGUUAAAAUGCUGUCGAUGGCAGUGGUGGGCAGGGCUGAGCAGCAGCCAGAUUGUGUUGGGAGCCGUCAGGAUUCAGGUGGGAAUCUCAGCAAGGACAUGUCUGCUCAUAGCCCUGCUGUGCUGGGGCAGGAGGGAUUCCAUUGUGCUUUGGAAGUGGAGCUGCAGGAAGAGCCCAGUGGAUCUCUGUAAAACCCAAGAGAGUGCCUAAAAUGAGGCACGGAGGACUGGUACGUAUGGAUCUGGGUGCCUCCUCCUCUCCAUGCCUCCUCCUCCAUGCCUUGUGGACCAUCCCCAGGUACAGGGAUGGAGAGCAUCACUUCCAUGGUGGUGCCCGAGGGAGCAGCUGCAGGAGCCUCAGACUGGGAGAGCGGAGCUGCAGCAGUCGAGGGCAGCUGGAAGCAGAUUUCUUCCUGCAGUAGGUUUGAAGUUGUCAGAGGAAAUGGGCCAGUCAAAAGCAGAGUUGGGCUACGGCCUCUGACCCACACUAUCCUGCUGGAAAACCUGGAUAGGGAGCAUGCACAGAGUCCCUGGAAGCUAGUUAAUUAAUUAAUCAAUCAGAUCUCGGGGGGUUUUGGAUAAAUUAAUUGCACCAUCCCACCUCCCCCUUCUCUGCUGCAUUAGCUAUUUCCACCAACUCAGCAAAGGGUUAAAAAAGCAGUUACCAGGAAGUUCCAUCCKCAGGCCAGUGUGUCAGACACAGGUUUAUUUUAAUGCUUGUUUUCAUUAAAAAUUAAAAGUGUUGCUUAGACUUAGGAGGAAAGUGAAAAAUUGGUUGUUUGUGUGAACACAUCCUUGAAUUCUUCCAUGUGGAAGAGAUCAAGGCUUUGCACUGCUGGUGUGGCAGUGGGAAUGUGUCCUCUGCUCAGCUCUGAACAGAGAAGCGAGAUUUAAGAGGUUUCCYAGAGUAGCUGUGGAUACCCUGGUUCUGGAAACAUUCAGGGUCAGGGUUGGAUAGRGCUUGGAGCAACCUGGUUUAGUGAAGUGUCCCUGCCCAUGGSAAGGGGUUGGAAAGACAUGAACUUUAAAGUCCCUUCCAACCAAACCAUGUGAUGACUUCAUAAUUUAAAGAGUUAUUUCAGUUUAAAAGGAAAAAAAAAAAAACAAAA